CUUUAGUUGACAUGAUAGAGCCUGAAAUCUGGACCAUAGCAACAUUUGUUAGUUCAUGACUUUUCAGUCUCCGUGCCGCCGCUGUUGAUCUAGGCCCCUAAAAUAAAUGUAAAAUGAGUUCUCACGAUGAAGAGGAGGAUACUGGUCCAUCUGUAGAUUCUACUGAUCCUGAGGAACGUAUAGCUGCGAGAAGACUAAGGAUAUCAAAAAGAAUUGAAGCAGCCAGAAGGGAGAAACUUGGUGAGGACCCUGGUGCAAAGAAAAAGGAGGACAAAGAAGAAGCUAGCAAGAGUAGAAAGCAAAUUGAGGAAAGCAGACAGAGGUUAACUAAACUUCAAAGCCAUGGAAGUGAGUUGGUUACCAAUGUUCGGGUUGCUGCUGAUUCCCGGGAAGCACAAAGAAGAGCAGAAGAAGAGGAGACGCAGAGGCAAAGGGAUGAAAAGCUUGAAGCGGAGGCAAAGGCUGGAAUGGAACGGUUUGAGGAGAUCACAAAGCGCUGGGAGCAAGCCAAUGGAAGAGACAUACCACAAGAGCUUCAUGAUAUCUUGAUGCAACAGAAGGCUCUUUGUGAUGCAAUGAUAGAUGAGAAGAACAAACUCAUCAAUGAUUUUCAAAUGGAACUCAAGUCUCAAGAUGACCAGUAUGUGAAAGAUUUGAAGAAAGAAGCUGAGGAUAUUGAUUUAAUGAUAGAGAGAAUGGAAGAACAGGUCAAGAAUCUCAUGAAAGCCUACAGAGAUGAACUCAAACAGAUUGAAAAAGCUUUUGACACAGAGAGAGAAGAACUGUUAGAGAAUAACAAGCGCAAGUGGGAUCAAGCGAUGGGAGGGAGAAAGGACCAGGAGCUGGAGUACAUGCAUCAGAGGGAGAAGAGAGUAGAAGAAUAUGAGCAACAAAUACAGCAUCUUAGGAUCCAAGAUGCCGAAGAGUACAACAUGGUCAAGAUCAAACUGGAGACUGAUGUGCAGGUACUUGAACAGCAACUGCAGCAAAUGAAAGCCACUUACCAGCUCAACCAAGAGAAGCUAGAAUACAACUUUCAGGUCCUCAAAAAGAGAGAUGAAGAAAACACUAUUACCAAGUCACAGCAGAAAAGGAAAAUUACAAGGUUACAAGACGUAUUGAAUAACUUGAAGAUAAAGCUAGCUAAACAGGAGAAACAAUAUAAAGAAGAGAAUCAAGGAUUGGCCGAUGAUUACAAGAGGAUCACGGAACAAUUUAAGGAACUACAGAAGAAAUCAAAACAUUUCCAGUCAACUGACACAAAGAAGUUCCAUGAUAUCUGGCUGAUGAAUGAGGCUGAAGUCAAGGAAUUAAGUGCUAAACUGAUGGAGCAGGAUCGCAUCAUUUCAGAACAGCAACUUGGAUUACCAUGGCAGCCACCUACUGAUGCUUCCUUCAUGGAGAAUGUUGGACCCUUAACAACUGAGAACAGCAAGAAAAAACCAAUCUCUGCUCAUGAGGUGCUGAUGGAAGUCAUGUCAGAUGGAAGCCAUGUUGAAGGAGGUAGUUUACAAGGAUCAGAGAGAGGUGGUGAUGGAGGGGAGGAAGGAUCCCCUAGGGAGAAACUUGAGGGUGGUGAAGAGGAAGAGGCUAGGAGACUUUCAGUCCAGACAGUCAAACAGAUCCUGGAGCUAAUAUGCGAUGAGUCGGGUUUCUUGGUAGAGGCUAAACUGAACAAGCUACUUGCCCCUCUGGAAAAAGAUGAACGCUGCCUUAUGAAGUUAGAUGCCAUCUUUGCUGCCUUGGGUAUAGAAACUGAAGAUGACAUCCAUAAGUUAGCUGGGUACUUUUUACAAGCCAUGCAUAACAAGGAUCAGGACCAAUUGCCAGAGAAUACAGAGGACAUUGCUCAGGGAGACAAUCUAACAGAUGAUCAGCAAGAUGGCAAAGAAGGUCCGCUUCAGGAUCCUGUCGAUGCUGAGGUAGCCGGCAUUACAGGUAGCUCCGAGCGAGGCCAGGACCAGAGUGAGACGGGGUCAGUCCGGUCUACCAAGUCCAAUUCUUUAGAUCUCAUCCAUCCCAAUGAUGCUCUUAGUGCACUCAGGAUGUUUGUAGAGGAGAAUAGGAAACCAACCAAGGAGAAAGUAAAGUAUCAGACAUUCCGUAUCAUCUCAGGAGAAGAUAGAGAUUCAAGUGAGGAUGCAGACCACUGGAAGAUGUUUCCAUCAGUGAUAUCAGAGAAACAAGAGAAAGUUUGGACAGCUCUUAUUGAUGGAUUUGAGAAAUACAGUGAUACUCUUCAUGAGAGAGCUAAGUUGAUCACAGAGACUGAUGGUUUACGGCAACAAAACGCAGAGCUUCGUAUGCUUCUACAUCAGUACAUCAACUCACGCGUUAAUCAAGAGUUAGAGAUCCCUCCCACUCGCAUACUCAACCUUGAAGUACCCCAGUAAUGACCAUGGAAUGGCCCUUAGCCACAUGAAUGCCUAUGGAUGGGACAGUCUAUUUUAUGAGCACAGGGAAAGCUGGGGGGGGGGGAUGAAACAGAGAUGCAUUACAUAUUUACUAUCAAUCAUAACUUUUAGUACAUGAUUUGUCAGAGAGUUUCAGCUAUGCUUGUGUAAUCUGUGAUUUACCUAGACUUGACAGGUCAUUACCAGAUGAAUAUGUAUGAGAUCAAGUAUUUCAUUUCAUACUUCAAGAGCAAUAAUGUUCUUGAAUAGAAUUAGCACAUUUCUGCCUCCUCAAAGAACCCUUGUUUUGACAUUCCAUGACCAAUCGUUUCUUUUUAGCAAUUUUAUAUUUUGAGUUGAGGGAGAAGAUUGGUAGUGAUUACACUGUUCAGGGAUUAAGUUUUGAUUGCUUGUACCUGUUUGACUAGCAUUAAUAACACCAAUAGUAUAUUUACCAAAGGUCGCCACUUCAGUUCCAAUAACUGUUUUCCAAGCGAGCCCUGCCAUUAUUAUUAUUGGAAUAUUUCAGCACAGGUCCUCAAGACAUCUGAACAUCUCUCUCAAUUUGGGGGGGAGGGGAAUCAAAUAACUUUGUUUUUUAAUUUACACAAGCACUAAUGCAACAUUUCACACUAUGAUGGACUAUGUGUAAAGUUUCCUACAAAACCUGAAAAUUUCAUGAUGGAAUUGUAUAGCGAUUUUAUAUCAGACUGAUAAGAAAGCAUGGAUGCUGAUUUAUAGACUAAGUCAGGUUUAACUUAAGCCAUGGUCUAACUCUGUGUUAAAAUUAUGGGAAUCUACCACUAUUUUCAAAAUUGCAUUUAGAUUGUUUCCUAUAUUUACUUGGCUCUUCCUCAUGUUUUAUUUAAUAAGAAUUAUUUUAGUUCUAACUCCCAGGCAGUUAUGAAUCAUUUGAGUGUCGAAUGAGCUGACAAAUUGAAUUUGUACCGUCACAAUUGGCUAUCCAUAAGUUAAUCCACAACUUUGGACCAGACUUAAAUUAAACUCGGGUUCAUAAUAUAGAUGACUGUAUAUAUUUGUACAAAACAUAAAUUGAUAUAAUACUGUAUUAUGUUAUUAUUUGGUGUAAGUAUGACACUAAGAAAUCUGAUACAUCCA